AAGAGGUUUUUACCGUCCCCUUUUCACACUCACCACCUCCUCCUCCUCCUCCCUCUUCGUCGUCGUCGUCGUCGUCGUCGUGCUCCUCCAAGCUCCUCCCAUGGCGCCUCUCCUCUCCCUCCCCCUCCUCCUCUCCCGCCACAGCCAUUCCCGUGCUCUCCUCCUCCUCCUCCUCGCUUCCCGCUCCUCGCCCGAUCCAUCCUCCCCCACCCCUUCUUCUCCCUCUCCCUCCCCCCUCCUCCUCUUCCUCAUCCGCCUACGCCACCGCCUCCGGCGCCGUCGCCCCGUCCGGUGUCGGAGGCGGCGGCGCCGGAGGCGGAGGAGGAGGAGGAGGAGCUGCAACGGUGCGAUCUGUACGAGGGGGGGUGGGCGAGGGACGCGACGCGCCCGAUCUACGAGCCCGGCGCGUGCCCGUACGUGGACGAGGCCUUCGCGUGCCGCGAGAACGGGAGGAGCGAUCGCGGGUACCUGCAUUGGCGGUGGGAGCCCCGCGGUUGUCGCCUCCCGAGGUUCAAUGCGACAGAUUUUUUGGAGCGACUGAGAGGUAAAAGACUGAUGCUUAUCGGAGAUUCAAUGAACAGGAACCAGUUCGAAUCAAUGCUGUGUAUCCUGCGUGAAGCGUUGCCCGACAAGACCAAAAUGUACGAGACCCGGGGGCAUAAAAUAACCAAAGGACGUGGCCAGUUUGUGUUCAAGUUUGUGGAUUACGAUUGUACUGUAGAGUUUGUUCGCUCCCAUUUUCUCGUUCGAGAAGGGACACGGGUCAACCGACAGGGAAGCUCGAACCCGACUCUCUCGAUCGAUCGUAUCGACAAGUCUGCAAAUCGGUGGAAGGGUGCCGACAUUCUUGUCUUCAACACCGGCCAUUGGUGGACUCAUGGAAAGACGGCGAGGGGGAAGAAUUAUUAUCAAGAAGGUGGUGUACUGUAUCCUCGGUUUGAUGCAAUUGAGGCUUAUAGGAGAGCCAUAAGAACUUGGGGAAGGUGGGUGGACAAAAACAUGGAUCCCAGGAAGCAUUUGGUGUUUUAUCGCGGAUAUUCGACCGCACAUUUCAGGGGCGGAGAUUGGGAUUCCGGCGGGACGUGCAACGGUGAGACCGAGCCAAUUCUCACCGGCGGACCGCUGGUCGACAGUUAUCCUCUGAAAAUGAGGAUAGUGGAGGAAGUAAUUGGCAAAAUGCGCUUCCCGGUUAUUCUACUGAAUGUAACGAAGCUGACCAACUUCCGCAAAGACGGCCAUCCUUCCGUCUAUGGAAAGAACGCGACGCGGGGCCAGAAGGUCUCGAGAAGGAAGCAGGAUUGUAGUCAUUGGUGUCUCCCCGGGGUUCCGGAUUCAUGGAACGAGUUGAUCUACGCCACUCUUGUUUUACAGCCCAAACCCAUUCCGCAGAAACAGAGGAAUUUUAUGUUGGACCGUGAAUGUUAAACAGAAUUCAUGAAGAGCACCUCGUUAAGUGAUAGAGAUGUCGUAACCAGUCGGAGUCUCCAUGAAACUCGAAAGAUCAGUUCCCAUCUCAAAGCUCAGGUCUGAAUCUCAAAGCGAUGUCAGGUGGCGGAUCUAGGUAACCCCAAAACGAAACACUCCAUCAAUCUUUUUAAUUGUUUUCUUCCCUGGACGGGAGACUUGUUCUGAGUCCUGACACUACAGAUGAGAUGAACCUCGGCUAUGUGCAGAUUUCAUGCUAAACAUUUUCAGGAUGUGCAGAUUUCAUGUUAAGCAUCUCCAGGAUGUGCAGGUAUGAUAUUCAGAAAGUUCGCCGACCUCUAGUUUAGACUCCUAACGAUGGCCUAGGACUUUCUGUAAGAGUCAUCAAGAAGCAGCAGGUUGGUGUGACUUUCUGUAAGAGUCAUCAAGAAGCAGCAGGUUGUUGUGCGCCAUCGUCAUCUGGUAAAUCAAUGGAGCUCUUGAAGAAGAGCAGCGUAGAUAACGCUCUCUAUUUUAGUUUCUACUACCUAUCCCCCACCAGUGGUGUUAAUGCUGAAACCUGGCCUACUAUGGACUCUCUUUCAAAAAAUAAAGAAAAAGUUAU